UUCUGAAGACGCCGAUUUCACCGAUUUUUGUUUCUUGAAAUGCCGGUAAAGGGAGAUUACUCUCAAAGCAAAAAUUAGAAACUGCGGGAAGCGCAAAGGGAAAAGGUAUUAAAACCAACUUUUUUACAUGUGAGAAUUCUGUAACACACUCUGCCCUCUGAGACAUCUAGCUGCUAGCCAGAGGGAUGACGGACUACACACAGGAAACAUUUGAUGCGGUAAAAGGUUACCUCCAGGAGAGAAGAGAUGCUGAUGCUCCUAAGCCUAUCCAACCUAAUGCUUUCAGACUGCCUUUAGGACCUAGAAAUAAUUUUAAUGAAGUCUACCCAGGAAUCAUUCUAGGGAAUCAUGUAUGUGCUAAAGAUCCAGAGAAGCUGAAGAAGAUAGGAGUAACUCAUGUCCUGAAUUGUGCUCAGGGCUCCAAGAUCAAUCAGAUCAACACAGAUGCAGACUGUUUCAGCGAGGCUGGUAUCAGUUUCUACGGAAUCAAGGCUAUGGACAUAUCCACUUGUGACAUCAGUCCACAUUUUGUGCCAGCUGCUGAUUUUAUAAAUGCUGCACUUAUCUCUGAUGGUAACAAGGUGUAUGUUCACUGUAUGGAAGGGAUCAGUCGCUCCUCAACCAUGGUCAUAGCCUUCCUCAUGCUCAAGAGAAAUAUGACACUCGUGGAGGCUGCUACAGCUGUUCGGGCCAAACGAGAAAUAUUUCCAAACUCUGGAUUUCUGAAACAGCUGUGUAUCUUGAACAAGUCCCUGUAUGAAUCACAAUAACACAUCAAAUAUCGCAUAUAUUGCUGUCAUUUUAAGCUUUGUCUGGAAAUUGACAUUAUGACUUUGUGAUCUGAAUAACAUUCCAUUUCUAAUGUUGAAUAACCCCCCACUCACAUGGACUUGGCACAAAUACCCAAUCCUCAGUCAAACCAUAUAAAUGUAUUAUAUGUAUCUUAAUACAAGUACAUCUAUAUGUGGACUGUGGGUUUGGAAUUCUUCCCUGUGUCCACACUCACAUUUAACUCCCCUGUCGUAAUAGACAUCUAUCAGAAAAUAAAGAGCAUUAAUAGAUGCCUGCAAAUAGGAAUUGUACCAGGUAGCAUCCAGUGAUCCUCUCUGACUUUAGACCUUAAAUAUCUGGGGGUAUACACAGUAGUUACAGUUCUAAUAUAAUUUAUUGUUAUGAUAAUGGUAUACAUGUACCUAUAUAUAAAUGUAGAUUCAAAUUGAUCCUUUUUUUUUUAUUUUUCUAUGAAUUGUUUUAUUAACAAAAUUACAUUUUUGGUACAUGAGGGGAGGUAUUGUUUCAGUGAAUGCAGUCCUGGUUUAAGUAUACCACACAAUCCUUUGAACUAAAUUCAAUUUUGAUGAAAUAUUCAAAUUUUACAUUGAAUAUUUUUUUUGUCAAUGAUUGUAUCAUUAUGGUCACAGGUAAUCGUCUUGUCUGUUAAUACACCCAGUUUAUAUACCAGGUAAUGGUUGUAUUGACAGGUGAGGCUUAGUAACUGUUAGUCUACAUGUAGUGUAUAUUGUAUUCUGGGUUACUUCCCUUUGUAUCACUUGG